AAGCUGGUUUGCCAACCGCCAGCAAAACCACAAGAAGAAGAAGAAGAAGAGACCGAAGUCUUUUCAGCCACAAGAACCAAAAUAGAGUAGCUGACAUCAAAUAGUUAGAAAUGGCUGCCACCGGAGUUCUUCCCUUUAUACGGGGGGUGGACCUCAGUGGAAACGACUUCAAAGGCGGGUACUUCCCGGAGCAUGUCAAGUGUAUGAGCAGCCUGCGAUGGCUGAAACUAAACAGGACAGGACUGUGUUACCUCCCAGAGGAGCUGGCCUCUCUGCAAAAGCUGGAGCACCUUUCAGUGAGUCACAACAACCUGACCACUUUACAUGGGGAACUAUCCAGCUUACCAAAUCUACGGGCGGUGGUAGCCAGGGCCAACAAUCUGAAAAAUUCUGGAGUCCCGGAUGACAUCUUUCAGCUCGAUGACCUGUCUGUGCUGGAUCUGAGCUACAAUCAGCUGACAGAGAUCCCCCGGGACCUGGAGAACAGCAGGAACAUGCUGGUGCUGAAUCUCAGCCACAACAGCAUUGACUCCAUCCCCAACCAGUUGUUUAUCAACCUGACAGACCUGCUGUAUCUGGACCUGAGCGACAACAAGCUGGACAGCCUGCCACCCCAGAUGAGACGCCUGGUGCACCUGCAGACUCUAAUUCUAAACAACAACCCACUGAUGCAUGCCCAGUUGCGCCAGCUCCCAGCCAUGGUGGCAUUACAGACCCUGCACCUGAGGAACACCCAGAGAACCCAGAGUAACAUGCCCACCAGCCUGGAGGGACUGACACAUUUAGCAGAUGUUGACCUGUCAUGUAAUGACCUGACUCGAGUACCGGAGUGCCUGUAUUCACUGAGCAGUCUGAAGAGGUUAAACCUGAGCAGUAAUCAGAUCUCUGAACUCUCGCUCUGCAUUGACCAGUGGACCCAGCUGGAGACGCUUAACCUAAGCCGCAACCAGCUCACCUCUCUGCCUUCUGCCAUUUGUAAGCUGUCCAAACUGAAGAAGCUGUACCUGAACUCCAAUAAAUUGGACUUUGAUGGGGUUCCACCCGGAGUGGGCAAACUCUCCAACCUCACUGAGUUCAUGGCUGCUAACAACAACCUGGAACUCAUCCCUGAGGGACUCUGCAGAUGUGGGAAGCUGAAGAAGCUGGUGCUGAAUAAAAACCGCCUGGUUACAUUGCCCGAGGCCAUCCACUUCUUGACAGACGUAGAGGUCCUUGAUGUGCGUGAGAACCCCAACCUCGUGAUGCCUCCUAAACCAGUCGACAGAGGAGCAGUGUACAACAUUGACUUCUCCCUGCAGAACCAGCUUCGUCUGGCCGGAGCCUCGCCUGCUACUGUAGCAGCUGCUGGAGGAGGAGCCAGCCCCCGAGAUCACCAGGCGAGGAGGAUGCGGCUGAGGAGGAGGAAGGACUGUUCUCAGGAUGAUCAGGCAAAACAAGUGCUGAAGGGCAUGAGUGAUGUCGCACAUGAGAAGAAGAAUUUGGAGGAAAAUGGGGAUUUGAAAUAUGGUGACUUAAAAAUCCGGCGCUGGGACAAGAGCUUAGAGAAGCCUCAACUGGACUACUCUGAGUUCUUUAUGGAGGAUGUGGGCCAGAUUCCAGGUGUGACAGUGUGGCAGAUAGAGAACUUUGUCCCCCUACAAGUGGACGAAACUUUCCACGGCAAGUUCUAUGAGGCCGACUGUUACAUCAUCCUCAAGACCUACCUGGAUGACAAUGGAGCAUUAAGCUGGCAGAUCUUCUACUGGAUUGGUCAGGAUGCCACAUUAGACAAGAAGGCCGGCUCUGCCAUCCAUGCAGUCAACCUCCGAAAUUUCCUCGGAGCAGAGUGCAGGACGAUAAGGGAAGAGAUGGGAGAUGAGAGCGAGGAGUUUAGUGCUGUUUUUAACAAUGACAUCUCCUACAUUGAGGGAGGAACAGCCAGUGGAUUUUACACUGUGGAAGACACACAGUACCCGGCCAGGUUGUACAGAGUCUACGGCAAGAAAAACAUCAAACUGGAGUCUGUACCUGUAAAGGCCUCAUCCCUCGAUCCACGCUUCGUCUUCCUGUUGGACACAGGGCUGGAUAUUUUCAUCUGGAGAGGAGCCAACGCAACUCUCAGCAGCACCACGAAGGCCAGGUUAUUUGCUGAAAAGAUAAAUAAGAAUGAACGUAAGGGGAAGGCAGAGAUUAUAACCGUCAUGCAGACCCAGGAGCCUCCGGGAUUCUGGGAGACACUGGGAGGACAACCAGAGGAGAUCAGGAAACACGUUCCAGACGACUUCACUCCAAUAAGACCCAAACUGUAUAAAGUGGGGUUGGGUCUUGGCUACCUGGAGCUGCCUCAGAUUAACUACAAGCUCUCGGUCGAGCACAAAGAUCACAAAAUCAAACUGGACGUCCUGCCAGAGCUCAGACUGGUGCAAUCCCUGCUCGACACAAAGUGUGUGUACAUCCUGGACUGUUGGUCUGAUGUCUUUAUCUGGAUCGGGAGGAAGUCUCCACGUCUCGUCCGAGCUGCAGCCUUAAAACUUGGUCAGGAGCUAUGCUCCAUGCUGCACCGGCCCAAACAUGCAUGUGUCACCCGCAACCUGGAGGGCACCGAGUGCCAGGUUUUCAAGUCCAAGUUUAAGAACUGGGAUGAUGUGUUGAAGGUGGACUACACCAGAGCAGCUGAGACUGUACAAAAGACUGAUAAUCUGCAGGGCAAGGUGAAGAAGGAUGCAGAGCAGAAAGAUCAGAUGAAAGCUGACCUCACAGCUCUCUUCCUUCCCAGGCAGCCACCCAUGCCCCUCACUGAGGCUGAACAGCUGAUGGAGGAGUGGAACGAAGACCUGGAUGGCAUGGAAGGAUUUGUGCUGGAGGGAAAGAAGUUUGCUCGUCUACCUGAGGAGGAGUUUGGGCACUUCUACACCCAAGACUGUUAUGUCUUCCUCUGCAGAUACUGGGUGCCUGUGGAGUACGAGGAUGAAGAGAAGGAAAAGAAGGAGGGUGAAGGAGCAAGAGGAGACGAGGAGGAGGACAAACAGCCUGAGGAGGACUUCCAGUGUGUAGUAUAUUUCUGGCAGGGCAGGCAGGCCUCCAACAUGGGCUGGCUCACCUUCACCUUCUCCCUGCAGAAGAAGUUUGAGAGUCUUUUCCCUGGAAAACUGCAAGUGGUGCGUAUGACUCAGCAGCAGGAGAACCUCAAGUUCCUGUCCCACUUCAAGAGGAAGUUCAUCAUCCACAAAGGGAAGAGGAAACAGAACACAGACUCUGCCCAGCCCUCCCUCUACCACAUACGCACCAAUGGCAGCGCACUUUGCACCAGGACCAUCCAGAUUGGUACAGAUUCCAGCAAUCUCAACUCUGAGUUCUGCUUCAUACUUAAGGUGCCGUUUGAGAGCACAGAUAAUCAGGGCAUCGUUUACACCUGGGUGGGCAGAGCGGCCGACCCCGAUGAAGGAAAGCUGGCCGAGGACAUCAUGAACAGCAUGUUCGACGACACGUACAGCAAGCAGGUGAUUAAUGAAGGGGAGGAGCCAGAGAACUUCUUCUGGGUUGGCAUCGGUUCUCAGAAACCUUACGAUGAAGAUGCAGAGUACAUGAAACACGCUCGCCUCUUCCGCUGUUCAAAUGAGAAGGGUUAUUUCUCUGUGUCAGAGAAGUGCUCAGACUUCUGUCAGGAUGACUUGGCUGAUGAUGACAUCAUGUUGCUGGAUAAUGGCAAAGAGGUGUACAUGUGGGUUGGUACUCAGACUAGCCAGGUGGAGAUCAAACUCAGUCUCAAAGCCUGCCAGGUUUAUAUCCAGCACAUGCGCUCCAAGGAUACUGAACAUCCGAGGAAGCUCCGGCUCGUGAGGAAGGGAAACGAGCCUCACUGCUUCACACGCUGCUUCCACGCCUGGGGACCGUUCAAAACUCCCCCCUCAUAGGCCAAACACUAUCCCAAUCACACACCUGCACGCACACUGCCAUAUACAAUCUUCUACAGAUGUCUAUCUCUGCUUUAGCUGAGACUCUUUCCUUCCAUCCUUUUUGACCAGCAGCUGUCAGUCAGUGCAAGUUCUUCUGGUCAAGCAGCUGCUGGCUGUUAAGUAGCUGAGAUAGACUGCAAAAUAUCCCCUUUUUUCCCACAAGCUUGAAGUCUAAAUGAAAGAAAAUUAUGUUUUGAGAUAAAAAUAGGCUUUAUAAAAACCUAAGGGAGCUGUAUUCUCUAACAUAUCAAUCUGAUUUGCUGCUUUCACAUGGCUUGUGCUGUAUGGUUGGUAGUUGUCAGUGGAGGAGGGUUAAGUGCUCAUUACUACAAAGGCACGCCUUCAUGCUUGGUGCCAUUCACGCGGCUCAUCAGAAGCAGCUUAAGGCAGGGACUAGUUUGUUUUCUUAUCAUUGAGGGACUGAACAGAAAACGGCACUAUAAGUUUUUCUGAGGAAUGUCGGUUUAUAUAUUAUAUAUUUUUCAUGGUGUGUUUUUGCCCUUUAAUGGGGUCUUCCCCUUUCCCCUCACCAUUAGGUUACUGCUCUCACCUCCUGAUCCAGUUAAGAGCAUCAUGGAGAGUGAUUUUUAUCAGCCGUGUCCAAGUUAAAAUUACAUUUAUUUGGCCAAAGAAAUCUUGUUGAGGUCAGAGUGGAAGUUAUGUUUUCAUGUUUGAGGAUGGAUGUUUAAAUGUGCAAUCAGCAGAGCCUAGGAGAUACUGAAAAAUACUGUAUUCACUGAUGUCACAGGCUGCAUUUAACUUGUCAAAAUGUUUAUUUUCUAGAGAGAAUGAGAGGUUUCUCUCCAAAAUAAAUGUGUGUACAUGUAUUUGAAAAAGUAAAGGCAUGAUAUUUAAAGUGCUACAGGUUUAAAAUUUUAGACAUUGCUUUUUCAAAUAUUUUUUAUUGGGACAGAACUCUAAAAUGGGAGAUCUUGAGCAUUUAUCAGAGAUAUCUUAACUGAUAUAGAAGGACUUCUGAUUCUGCUGAUCUUCAAGUUGUUUGAGCAUUUUCAAUGAGUGCAGCCAGAGCCAUCUCAGUCGAUCACUGCUGCGGUGCUUUCAGUGAUCACGUGGCCUGUGUCAGAUGCAGGCACUGGUCCAGGCAGAAUCUAGUCCAUGUUCCCAGAUGGCUGCAACUUUCAUCAUUUUGCUUAAUAUUUUGUGGGGUGAACUGUAUGCCUGUUGGUGUGUCUGAAAAUGUGCACAUGCUCCUGAUGCCACCUGCAGAUGCUUUAUUUAUGUAUUUUAUAUAAAAUAAAAC